AUGAGACCUAGCAGUUUUCCAGAAGGUAUGACCAUUAAUUCAAAUUUGCACAAGAACACCACUUGUCCACGUGGAACGGUUCUUAUUCGCAGAACUACUAAGAAUGAUUUAAUACAUGCAAAAGCUCUUCAAAAUCAUGUUAAAAGACAUGUUACGAGUUACCCAUCGGAGAAAGAGAAAACUAGCAUUGGAACUGGAAGUCAUUAUGCAGUUAUGAAAACUACAAUUGGUGAAUAUUACGGAGCAAGUGCAAAACUUAUUGUUUAUGGUUUUACAAAUAUCAAAGUUGAGCAAAGCACCAUAAGCCAAAUAUGGAUUCUUGGAGGUGUUGCUGGACCAUUAGAUGAAGUAAACGCUGUACAAGCAGGAUGGCACGUAGAUCCGAGUUUAUAUGGUGACUAUUUAACCCAUCUAUCUACAUUUUGGACGGCUGAUGGCUAUGACACAGGUUGCUACAAUCUCUAUUGUCAAGGAUUUAUGGUAAUAUCUCGUGACUUUAGUCCUGGAAUGGAAAUAACCCAGCUUUCUACCUAUGGUGGGAUUCAAAAAUCCAUUGACAUAUGUAUCUUCAAGGAUCCAGAAGAAGGAAAUUGGUGGUUAACCUAUGGGGAAGAAAGAUCUCUAGUGGGAUAUUGGCCAAAGGAGCUUUUCAAUAAUUUAGAGAAACCUAAUGAGGUUGAUUAUGGUGGUGCAGCUUACUCUCCCUACAAUGAACCUAGUCCCCCCAUGGGAAGUGGUCAUAUGCCUUACGAAGGUCCAAAUAAGACAUGCUAUUUUCUGAACAUUAAGUUAGUAAAUAAAAGAAAUCAGCUUUACAGUCCAAAAUCUAACAGAGUCAGACUAAAAUCUACUAGACCUGACUAUUACGGUAUUGAUGGAAAUUAUGACUCAGGUUAUCCAGAUGGUUACAAAUUUCGUUAUGGUGGUCCUGGAGGAUACACUCGGAUGAAGGAUGUAUAA